GUCUUGUUCCGGACUUUCAGAGACUCGGAUUGUUGCCAUUUGUCUUCCUUAUCAGAAACCGUCUUGAUUGCCAAAUCCACUGCACGACUAACUGAAUCUAAAUUCGUGAUAUUACAUGUGGAUCAAGGAACGUUCACCAUUGACCAAACCGAUGGACAUGUAGCGCGGCAAUCAGUGAACAAGAUGAACUUCCAAAAGCACUCCAGCAUGCUCAAAGCUGCAUAAAGAUCGAACGUUAUUGAUAUUCGAAGGUCUACGGAUAACAAAGAAAAUAUGGGUCGUGGAGGACAGAAGGCAAAUCCUGACGAGGAUCUUGCAUCGAAUCCUCUCUAUGCACCAUUCUGUGGAGACCAUUUUGAUGCAAUGGACUUCGCCAGUCGUUCUUUAAGUACAUCAUCAACUACAGCUCAGGCACAAACCAUCCAACUACAGCAGGGGAUUAAGAGUCUACAAGAAAGGAUCAAAGAAGAGGUUCACAGGCGGCAGGAUGAGCUGCUGCGGCAGGCUGAGAGCCUGCGUGAGGCGCAGAGCUUCAUGCAGGGGAUUAAUCUGUCGGUGGACUCGCUGCAAGCGGCGAUGCGGCGGGUGCGCGCUGAGGUCAUGCAGCCGUACGCAUCCAUCCGCCUGCAGACAUCUCAGCUGCACAACCUGCACACCACUGCUGAUGUGCUGCGCCAUGUCCUGCACCGCCUCAAGCUGGUCGCCAGGCUCAAGGCACAGCUGGCCACGCAGCAGGAGAAGGCUGGCAGCCAGGACCCUGCCAAAGCAGCCAAGCUCCUGAACGACAUCGCCGCUGUCGGCCAGGAAAUCGACCUGUCAGGGAUCACGGUUGUGGAGGCUGAUGAGGAUUACCUACAGAUUGCCUCCCAGCAGGUGCAUACGCAAGCCAAGGCAGCCUUGCGAGCGGGCAUGGAAACUCUGAGCCAGGCGGAAGUGGGCUCAGCCCUGCAGAUCUACUUCAACCUCAACGAGCUCCCAAAGGCGGUGACUGAUCUGGUGGAGGGUUAUGUGAGCCAAGUGGAGCGGCUGCUGACGAAUGCGCUCGAUGCGCGGCGGCUGACAUCGGCGGGCGCUGCCGCCGGGGGGUUCCUGGGGGGCGCCGGCGGCCGCGGAUCCCCCGCUCCCGGCACAGCCGGCAGCACCGCCAAACUGGCCGACAUCCUCUGGCAGAACCUCUCCAAGGCGUUUGGGGAUGCGGCUGCGGCGGGGCGGGCGGGGCUGGUGCGGGAGCUGCUGACGGCGCAGUUCCCGCGGCUGGCGCGCAUCUUCGAGGACACCAUUGCCAAGCUCCUCCAGGACACCGAGGUGAAGGGUGUGGAGCCGGCACUGGUGGAGGAUGAGACAGAGGCGGUGGUGGCGGCGGUGGCACCGUUCCAGCAGGCCUACCUGGGCAGCUGCAUCUCGCGCAUGUCCGACGCGGCCGCCAGCGCGUUCCCGGGCGGCAACCGCUCCCUGCCCACCUCCGCCGAGCUGCAGAAGUUCAUCGGGAGGAUGCAUGAGGAGCUGAAGGGCGUGGGCUCCAGCAUGCGGCUGGCUGCACAGGUGGCCGCCUGUGUGGGCAAGGCGCUGCGGCUGCUGGCCGAGAAGGCCGAGUACAUGGCCGCCACAGGGCCGGACGUGCGGCAGAUGGGGGGCGCGUGCACGAGCGCGCAGCUGCGCAACAUAACGCUGUGCAGCCAGCUGAACGAGGUGCACCGCUCCCUCGCCAACCUGCUGCCCCGCCUCCCCACCCAGGCCGCAGCCACCCUCAGGGCGCCGCUGGAGGCAAUACAGGGGGUGGCAGUGGAGGCGGUGGUGCCGCUGUUCAGGGCGGCCGUGGACGCGGCCGAGCAACACAUCCUGCGCAUGCACGCCCAGGACUUUGGCGCUGCAUCCGCGCCAGCCGUCGCCGGCGCCUCCCCCUACAUGGCCGACCUCACCCGCCACAUCGCCCUCUGCAGGGUGGAGUAUCUGAGCAAGUUCAGCCCGCCGCCUUCCAGCGCAACGGCGAGUUUUGGGGGUGCGCUGGUGGAGCGCAUGGCCGGCCGCAUCGUGCUCUUCUUUAUGCGCCACGCCUCCCUCCUGCGGCCUCUCUCACACGCCGGCAAACUCCAGCUCGCCAAGGACAUAGCAGAGCUGGAGGCUGCGGUGGCGGAGAACCUGCUGCCGCUGGAGGCGGUGGGGGCGCCGCACCGGGCACUGCGAGCCUUCCGGGCGCUGCUCUUCGCGGCCGCGCCGGCCCCCGGCGACUCGCUGCUGCUGGCCGCGCUGCCGCGCUCCACCGUGCUGCACCACCUCUACUCGCGCGCGCCCCCCGCCCUCCAGUCCCCCCACUCCCGCUCCGGCUUCUCCCCUGCCCAGUACUCGAUGUGGCUGGACCAGCACAGCAUGGAGGAGGCGCUCAAAUUCAUCCGCACUGCGGUGGAGGCAUGCGCGCCCGCCGCCCGAGAGCAGCCCGGCUUUGAUGACGUGUACCCUGUCAUGCUCAACCUCUGCACCACGUGA